GCGUCGCCCGUGGUAGCGCAUGCUCAGAUCCCCCGGUGCUCGAUAACUCCUCUUCGCUCUGCCAGAAAAGCUCUCCGGCUCGCUCAAACAUGUCUGACGUGGAAAACGACGAUGUGCCAUCCGCGAUGACAGCGGGUGGUAAUAUGGACGUUAAUACUGCGCUGCAAGAAGUUCUAAAGAACUCUCUUAUUCACGACGGCGUUGUGCAUGGGCUCCAUGAAGCUGCUAAAGCUUUAGACAAGAGGCAAGCCAUGCUCUGCAUCUUGGCAGAUAAUUGCGACGAACCGAUGUACAAGAAAUUGGUUCAAGCAUUAUGCAAUGAACAUCAAAUUCCGCUGAUAAAAGUAGACAAUAACAAAAAGUUAGGUGAAUGGGCUGGCUUGUGUAAAAUUGAUAGCGCAGGCAAAGCGCGCAAAGUUGUUGGCUGCUCGUGCGUCGUCAUAAAGGAUUUUGGUGAAGACACACCAGCUAAGGACGUUCUAAUGGAAUAUCUUAAACAAAGCGCUGUACAUUAACAUCUUUUAAUAAAAUAUUUGACAUAAACUAAAAUAUGA